AUGCUGACUGAAUAUUCAGACCGACUCCGCAAGCCCUUCAAGAUCCCAUUUGCAGCUAGAGCAAAUGGCGCUACGAAGAGAACAUGUGCAAGAAAGUUGAAAAACUACAAUGAUGAGUUGGUGCCUAGUACCAAAGAAAACGACGAAUAUAUUGAUGAGUUUGGAGAUGUGGUGAAAAAGCGGAAAGUAGGGGCUCUUCAUCCAAGACAAGUGUUAAAGUCAUUGGAUCAAAAUGAAAUGAAGAUGAGGAAGGCAUUUGCAGUUCCGUUCCAUGAUAAGAAAAAGUUAAGUGACCUCUUGGCACCGCCACCAUUGGGUACCCGUAGAAAACCGAUAAUACCCCCUAGAUCAUUGCACGAUCCAACCAGUGAAUUUGCGAUUGUCUUAUAUGACCCUACUGUAGAUGUAAUACCUAAAUCCGUUGAUGAAGAUGCGAAGGAAGAAGCAAAAGAUGAAGCGAAGGAAGAGAGCCCAGAAGUUAAUGAAAAGGGUAAGAAAAAGGUCCACCGGUCUCUAGCAGAAAUGCUUGGUAUUUGUAAGAAUCCUGAAGAAGCGUACAACAAGUUUCCCGAUGUUCCUGUAGUAAUUGAUCCCAAGCUUGCAAAGAUCUUACGUCCGCAUCAAAUAGCUGGGGUGAAGUUCCUUUACCGGUGUACCUCUGGAUUGAUAGACCCUAGGGCCAAGGGAUGCAUUAUGGCCGAUGAAAUGGGUUUGGGUAAAACUUUGCAAUGUAUUGCCUUAAUGUGGACUUUAUUAAAACAAAGUCCACGCGGGAAGCGUACAAUUGAAAAGUGUGUUAUUGUGUGCCCAAGUUCUUUGGUUAGAAAUUGGGCCAACGAAUUAACAAAAUGGUUAGGUGAAGGGGCUGUCACUCCAUUAGCUGUCGAUGGAAAGUCUGUCAAAUCCAGUGAUUUGGGUCCAGCUUUACAACAAUGGUCUGUCGCAACUGGUAGGAAUAUCGUUCGUCCUAUCUUGAUAAUUUCAUACGAGACACUUAGGAGGAAUGUUGACAAAUUAGCAGGAACAGAAGUUGGUUUGCUCUUGGCGGAUGAAGGUCAUAGAUUGAAAAAUGGGGAUUCUUUAACUUUCACUGCUUUAAAUGCUUUAAGAUGUGAAAGAAGGGUAAUCCUCUCAGGAACUCCAAUUCAAAACGAUCUUUCUGAAUAUUUCUCUUUACUAAACUUCGCCAAUCCAGGCUACCUUGGAACAAGAUUAGAUUUCAAGAAGAAUUUUGAAAAUGCUAUUCUUAGAGGUAGAGACGCUGAUGCAACCGAUGACGAAAGAUCUAAGGGUGACGUUAAAUUGGGAGAAUUAUCCCAACUAGUAAGUAAAUUUAUCAUUCGUAGAACGAACGAUAUUCUCUCUAAAUAUUUGCCAGUCAAAUACGAACAUGUUGUUUUCGUCGGAUUGGCUCCGAUGCAGCAUGAUUUAUAUAACCAUUUUAUAACCUCUCCAGAGAUUAGAAAGCUUUUGAAGGGAACAGGGUCCCAGCCAUUGAAGGCCAUCGGAAUAUUGAAGAAACUUUGUAAUCACCCAGAUUUGCUUAAUUUGCCUGAUGAUUUAGAAGGUUGUGAUAAACUAAUUCCUGAUGAUUACCAGUCUACCAUUGGACACGGAGGCUAUUCUAGAAAUAAAGAAGUUCAAACGUGGUACUCUGGGAAGUUCCAGAUUUUAACCCGUUUUCUACACAAGAUUCGUACUGAGACUAAUGAUAAAAUUGUGCUUAUUUCAAAUUACACACAAACAUUGGAUCUUAUCGAGAAGUUGUGUCGUUUCAAUAAGUAUGGCGUCUUGAGACUUGAUGGAACAAUGAAUAUUAACAAAAGACAAAAAUUGGUCGAUAAAUUCAAUGAUCCAGAAUCUCCGGAGUUCAUAUUCCUCUUGUCUUCUAAGGCAGGUGGUUGUGGUAUUAAUCUCAUAGGAGCAAAUAGAUUAGUUCUUAUAGAUCCAGACUGGAAUCCUGCUGCAGACCAACAGGCUUUGGCAAGAAUAUGGAGAGAUGGUCAAAAGAAAGAUUGCUUUAUAUAUAGGUUUAUUCUGACUGGUACCAUUGAAGAGAAAAUAUUUCAAAGACAAUCCAUGAAGUUACAGUUAUCGAGUUGUGUUGUUGAUGAGGUUGAAGACGUGGAAAGAUUUUUCAGUUCUGCGAACCUUAAAAUGUUAUUUGAGUAUAAUCCAAAGACUAGAUGUGAUACUCACGAGACAUACGGUUGCAAGAGGUGUGACGAGGAUGGGGUACAGAAAAUGAAGUCUCCAGCCAUGUUGUAUGGUGACGCCACGACAUGGAACCACUUAAAUAGAGAAGAGAUAGGCAAAACGGAGGAUAUUUUAUUGAAGAAUGAAUCUAAUUUCGACGAUGUCACAUUUUCCUUCCAGUAUAUAUCACAUUAA